UUUUGGGUGAUGUUAAAUCAUACGGGGUAAAUUGUUAAGGCCCGUCUAAUUUUUGCUUUGAACAUUCAGUCAUUCAUCUCAGCUUAUCGGUUUCUCUCUAGCUGAGGCACAAUGAACGCGGUGUCGAACUCUCCGCCGGAAUUCAACCAAGUGAACGCCGGAGAAAGCGAUUCGGAUACGAACUCCGACGAAGCGCCAGAAUACUAUCAGCCAAUCUCCUCGGGCGACGGAGAUGACGAGGACGAAGAGUUCUCCGAUCAACAUUCAAAUCUCGGUAACGGAGAUCGAGAUCUGUCCGGUAGCAAUUUCAAUCGAUUGCCGAACGGCUACGCGCGUUGUGUUGAGAACGGAGUGUCGUGUCUGGAUCUGAGCGAUGAGGAUGAUGAAGAGGAAGAAGAGGAGGAGAGGAUCCGAGCUGCUUCUGAUUCUGCUGUUCGGAGAGCGUUCAGAGACGACGAUAACCGCCGCAGUGCUCCGUUGACGCCGGAGAACGCGACGAGAGUCAUGGAGGCCAUGCGCGGUGUCUCGUUCGGCGGCGUAGCUCCGGAUUGGGCGGGUCGGGUCCCGGAGAGUCAGUGGAUCCAACAGCUUCGAACAAUAAGGCAAUCCUCUGCCACUACUACUACUUCUGCAAUGCAAGAUUGAAACUUUUCUACUUUCGUGAAACUGUUAGAAAUGCUAUGCACAUCUUCUGUUCGAUGAAUUGCGUCUUCUUAAUCCCCUUCUGUCAAACUUAUAUCAAAGCUUAAACGCAAUUACGCAUAUGGAUUAAAGAUGAUCAA